GGCGAGAAGAAGUCAUGCCAGGUCUGCGGGUCUCGAGCUUCUGCGCGUCUUCGUGGAGCCGGUGGAGCAGCCGCUGCCUCUCUGGUCGCUUUCCCCGAGCCAGGAUCUUGUGCUGAGAGACAUUUCCAAAGUGCCUUGUGUCAGCCUCCAACUCUGACCUACACAGCCUGGAAAGGAGUCACUGUUAGGCUGUGGAGGGGUGACCUGAACCAGUUCAGUGUCUCCUUUGAUGCUGGGACCUACGGUGAACUUGAUCUCCAUGGCACACCGGCUGCAGAUACGUCUACUGACAUGGGAUAUGAAGGAUACCUUGAUCAAGCUCCGCCGUCCUGUUGGGGAGGAAUAUGCCAGCAAGGCCCGGGCCCAUGGGCUGGUGGUGGAAGCCACAGCCCUGGAACAAGCCUUCCGGCAGGCAUACAAGGCCCAGAGCCACAGCUUUCCCAACUAUGGCCAGAGCAGUGGCCUUAGCUCCCGUCAAUGGUGGAUGGAUGUGGUCCUACACACCUUCCACCUAGCAGGGGUCCCGGAUGCCCAGGCCAUUACUCCCAUUGCUGAUCGCCUAUACGAAGACUUCAGCAGCCCCUCCACCUGGCAGGUAUUGGAGGGGGCUGAGACUACCCUGAAGGGGUGCCGUAAGCGUGGUCUGAGGCUGGCCGCGAUCUCCAAUUUUGACCGGCGACUAGAGGAUAUCCUAGUAGGCCUUGGCCUGCGAGACCAUUUUGAAUUUGUUUUGACCUCUGAGGCUGUGGGCUGUUCUAAACCAGACUCAAGAAUUUUCCAUGAGGCCUUGCAACUCGCUUGUGUAGAACCUGCGGUAGCAGCUCAUGUUGGGGAUAGCUACCGCUGUGAUUACCAGGGGGCUCGGGCUGUGGGCAUGCACAGCUUCCUGGUGGAAGGCCCAGAGCCUUUGGACUCCUCAGUCAGAAGUUCUAUACCUAAAGAACAUAUUCUGCCCUCCCUGUCCCAUCUCCUGCCUGCCCUUGAUCUUCUGGAGGCCUCCAGCCCUAUGUCAUGAGUCUGAUGACGGAAGUAGUUGGGACCAAAUAAACAUUGGAAGCAGGGAGUCCCUUCUUUCUCCCCUCUGCUGUAGAGAGAGAUGCCUUGGCCCUACCUCUGCAGCCUCCAUAAACUAUCCUGGUCAUGGAACAGCAA